AUGGGCGUAUUAAGCAAGUUUCUAGUUGGUACACUUGGAUUAAGAAUCAACAGAGCGACGUGUUACGAAAUGGUGCAUACGUGGAAUCCUGAUUGUUACGGAGCGAUCACCGAUUCGUUGCGGGAUGGAUGGUUGUUCUCCCUCAAGACCUAUAUCAUCUUUUACGGCUUGACUAAUAUUUUUUCGGCAAAGGAUGUACGACAAGUUCGUUGGCGUAAAAUAUUAAUUGAUUCAGUUCGAUCUUCUUUUUUCUUAACGACCAAUUUAAUUAUUUUUCUUUGGCUAACGUGUCAGAUAAGGAAAAUAUUGGGAUUUUUCACUGUUCCAACGCUUGGUUUUAUGAGUGGAAUGAUUUCUGCACUGCUUGCGAUUUUAAUCGAAAAUCGGAAGAGGAGGCCACUGCUAGCUUUGUAUCUAAUCAACUUGGCAUCAGAAACAGCUUAUCAUCAGCUAGUCAAUCACGGUUAUCUGAAGUAUAUACCGAAUGGUGCAGUGAUCAUAUUUGGGAUUGGACUUGCAGGAUUACUUCAUUUAUAUUAUAAAAAUGAACUUCAUACUAAUUUAAGGAAAUCUAUCGAAUAUGUUUUAUUAAUGGAUGAAACGAAAGAAUUAUUUUCUCAUAAUGUGAUUCAAAGAGUGUAUUCUCCGAUCGGAACUGCUCUGCUAAUGCUGCGACAAAGGUAUGCAAAGCAUCCAUUGUGCCGACACCAACAUUCAUGCAUUAGCAGAUUUAUUGAGGUGUUUUUCAACAAUUUUUCUCAAGCUCUAAUCUGGAGUGUCUGUAUGGUGAUUUUCAAAAUUGGAAAAGAAAUUACGCGUCAGCCUGCUGCGUCUAUCAAACAUAUUCUGAGAUUUCGAACUCUACGUUUACCGUUGUUUUACGGAUUUCUGGCAUUAUUGUUUCAAGUUUCACGAUGUGGUUAUAGUUGGUGUACAAAUCAGGUUUCACCAUUAUCUUUUUGUGGUGCAGUAGCUGGUUUGUCAUUAUUUUUUUAUCCUAAUAUUUCCAUUGCUAUGUACGUGUUUUGGAAGUUUAUUGAGGGCUUUUUCUUUUCAUACUACAAAAACUUGGUAAUACCUUAUGUGGAUGUAAUCCUUUAUGCGCUUGCAACGGGUUAUGUUGCAUGGAAUGCAGUGAUCGAACCUCAUACGCUCAGGGAGGGCUACUGGAAAUUCCUCGCUGGGCUUACAGGAAAUAAAAUUGAGCAGCUAAACCGGCGCUUGUUUGAUAGUUUUGGUUAUGAUUCUUCGAAGAAGUUUCCGCAUUUUAUACCCAAGUUAGAUCCAAGGUUCACUUCACUUAACGACAUAUGGUCAGUGAUACAUCAUGAUUAG